AUGCGGUUCAGAAGUGUUAAGUAAUUGAUUAAAAAUUAUGAUGCAUCAGUUUGACAUUAGCAACACAGAUUUGCAAUGCGAUACUACGACUACACCUUUUUCGGUUAAAGAUAUCUUAAAUAUAAACGCUAUAAAUGAUAACGAAUAUUUCGGUAAUAGUGUUAAAAAAGAACACAACGGUGACAAUUUUAAUAUGCAACAAACUUAUUGGGAAAAUUCAGGAUACUUCGGGAGUCUCGAACAAUACGGGUAUUAUUUUAAUAGUGACAAUGAAAAUUUUGUUAAUAGAAACUAUUGGAAUUGUGAGCACGGGGAAGGGACUCAUCAGAAUCAUAUACAGCAUUUAAAUAAUUUAUAUUGUGCAAAUCAAAGUGAACAGGUGCAUAGAGGAACUAAGAAUGAAGCAGGAUAUAUUAAAGUGGAGAGUCCAAAAAUCCAACAAGUCACCAGUUCAAAAACGGAACUCAGGAAAUCAGGUCGUCAAAGGUCAAAGCGAAAACCCCGCGUACUAUUCAGUCAAGCCCAGGUCUACGAAUUGGAACAAAGGUUCAAACAACAGAAAUAUCUGUCAGCCCCAGAAAGGGAACAAAUGGCACAAGGAUUGAAAUUGACGCCGACACAAGUCAAGAUAUGGUUCCAAAAUAGAAGACAGCCUCCUAACAAAUUGUCAAAUACCCAAAUAGAGAGCCACAUCGACUCAUUUAAUGCAUCUGUGUCUCACUACAGAAGAGUUCACGCCCCUAAUCGUUUAUAUUUACUGAGUGAUUUAAAUGUGACCCUAAUGUUUGCAGACUUUAAAAAAAAAUUCCCCGAUUUUAUUUGCUCAUAUGAGAAAUACAGAAAAGUCCUUAAAUCGAAAAAUAUAUCGUUUGCCAAGUUAGGAAACGAAGAAUGUGAGCUCUGCGAAUCUUAUCAGAUGCACAAUACAGAGCACACAGCUGAAUCUUUAAAGGAAGAAUGUGAGAAAUGCUGCAGUUGGAAAGAGCAUAUUGAGAAGGCAACAGAAUCUCGUAAAAGAUACACUUUGAACAAAGAAAACUUCAAUGAAGAUAAAGAUAAUUUAUGCGUGUCUGUUGACCUUCAGAAAGUAAUUAUGUUACCAAGGAUGGAAAUGUUUAAAAAAGCAAUAUUUCCUCAUCGCCUGAUAGUUUACAAUGAAAGCUUUGUGCCCGUUGGAAAAAUUAGACACUUUGUUCCGUUUGCUGUUUUGUGGCAUGAGGCCGUCAGUGGGAGACAUCAAGAAGAUAUUAUCAGUGCUUUUAAUGCAUUUUUUCUUCACCAUAGGGAUGUUAAAAAUAUUACUUUGUGGCUAAACAACUGUUCCAGCCAGAACAAAAACUGGGCUUUCAUGUCCUUCUUGAUUUAUAUUGUUAAUUCACCAGGUGUAGCUGCAGAAACUAUACAUAUAAACUAUUUUGAAUCAGGACAUACCUUCAUGUCCGCGGAUUCAUUCCAUCAUCAAGUGGAAGAAUCACUAAAGCGUCAAAGAAAAACAUACGAAUUCGCAGACUUUAAAAAUGCUGUACAAUCAAGCAACAAAGAAAAAGUACAGAUUAAAUGUAUGGAAGUAAAAUAA